AUGGCAGAGACGGCUAAGCUCCAGCUGUUUGUUAAGGCAAGCGAGGAUGGUGAGAGCGUGGGACACUGCCCUUCCUGUCAGCGGCUCUUCAUGGUCCUGCUCCUCAAGGGCGUGCCCUUCACCCUCACCACCGUGGACAUCCGCAGGUCCCCGGAUGUGCUUAAGGACUUCGCUCCUGGCUCGCAGCUGCCCAUCCUUCUCCACGAUGGCGACACCAAAACAGAUACACUGCAGAUCGAGGAGUUUCUGGAGGAGACGCUGGGGCCCCCCGAAUUCCCCAGCCUGGCGCCCCGCUACCGGGAGUCCGCCACGGCGGGCAACGACGUCUUUCACAGGUUCUCCGCGUUCAUCAAGAACCCAGUGCCCACGCAGGACGAUGUCUGGAUGAGCUUGCCUCCCUUGGAGCAGAGCCUCGGCUCCUUCCAGGCCAAGCGCCUGCCCGGCCCGGCAGAGCUCUGCUCGGCCUAG